UGAGUCUUUGCAAUCACAAAUACACCCAUCACCCCGCCCUGUCGCGCAACCUCAAGAAAACACCGCCAACAUGUCUCUCACAAAUUGCCGUUUCUAUGAAGAAAAGUUCCCGGAGAUCGAGUCGUUCGUGAUGGUGAACGUCAAGCAGAUCGCCGAGAUGGGGGCGUACGUCAAACUGCUCGAGUACGACAACAUCGACGGCAUGAUCCUGCUCUCCGAACUCUCGCGCAGACGUAUCCGCUCCAUCCAAAAGCUCAUUCGUGUGGGCCGCAACGAAGUUGUGGUGGUGUUGCGAGUCGACAAGGAGAAGGGGUAUAUCGAUCUCAGCAAGCGGCGAGUCAGCCCCGAGGAUAUCAUCAAGUGCGAGGAGCGAUACAACAAGAGCAAGAUGGUGCACAGCAUCAUGCGUCAUGUGGCGGAGAAGACCAACACCCCGCUCGAGGAGCUAUACACCGACAUUGGCUGGCCGCUGAACAAGAAAUACGGCCACGCCGUGGAUGCGUUCAAACUGAGCAUCACCAAUCCGAACGUGUGGGAUGAGGUGACAUUCAAGAGCCCGUCAAUCAAGGAGGAACUGCAGAGCUACAUCUCCAAGCGCUUGACGCCUCAGCCCACCAAGGUGCGCGCCGAUGUGGAAGUGACGUGCUUCGGAUACGAGGGCAUCGAUGCCAUCAAGGCCGCCCUGAGGACCGCAGAAGCCCAGUCAAACGAAGAGGCGCAGGUCAACGUCCGACUUGUCAGCCCGCCGCUAUACGUCUUCACUUCGCAGACGCUGGACAAGAGCAUUGGCAUCAAAGUGCUGGAAGAUGCCAUCAAGGCGGCCGAUGCGAGUAUUCGAGCAGCAGGAGGCGUGUGCGUGGUGAAAAUGGCCCCCAAGGCUGUCACCGAGAACGAUGACGCGGAGCUGCAGGCGCUCAUGGACAAGAGGGAGCGGGAGAACCAGGAAGUCAGCGGCGACGAGGAUGAUUCUGCGUCAGACGACGGCGUUGUGGCUGUGGACGAUUAGAUGUCGGUGCCACGGCAUGCAGAUCUAUUGAGGGCUUCCGGUGCAAUCAGAAUCGGCAUGAAAAGCGUUGCUAUCUUGCCUGGGCAAGGAGCAGUUGUUUAUCGGACAUGGAUUUGGCGUCGGGGUUCAUGACGAAGACUAGUAUGAUAGGCAUUCUUGUCUCUGCAUCGAUCGGACGCGUGCAUGCGGCACCCGUUGUGGUAUGAUACGACGUCUGAGUGUCGGAGUAAUUGAUACUGUAGCGACCUUCAAUCAGCCUGAGCCA